GUUUCUGGCAAGAGAGAAAGAGGGACGAAAGAGGUGUGAGAGGCGACUGAGAGGCAACUAAAUCCACUCAAAUCCUUGAAAAUCCACCACCACCGCCGGCGAAAUCCAUUCGAACGUCGUUGCCCGCGACUGCAACAGCGAUUUUCGCUAUCUCGAGAAUAGCAUUCAACCUCCAAGAAACAGCAGCUGAAACUUGCAAUUUAUAUUCUUUUAAAGUUCACAGUCUAGAGCGGAUCUGCUGACACUUGGUUUGGCUGUGACCAAUAUUUUGAAUGGUCUUGUGUGGGUCUCAAUUCGGCCAAAAUCUAUUUCUGUGGUGAGGGGAAAAGCUGACAAUGCAUCUGAUUUGGAAGCAGUUAAGAUGUUUCAAAUACAUGACAUAAAUUUUUGGUGGGGUGAAAAAUUUGUAAAACAUCCUAAACUUAGUUAUGUAGGAGGGCACAAGAAAGUAUUUGAGAAAUUGGAUUUGGAUUAUUUUGGGUUUAUAUGAAUUAGGAGAAAUGUAUGAACAGUGCAGGGGGAAAAAGUCAGUGCUUAAAUUUUAUUAUAAAGAUCCCACUCUACCAUUAGAAUGGGGCAUAAGACAAAUUAAAGAAGAAUGCCCUGAUAUUUGUUUGGUUGACCUACAAAAUUAUCAUAAAAACUUGGAUGUUCCAGUAAAUAUUUAUGUAGAGGAAGAGGAUGUUGAACCUAUUCUAGUCGUAGAUAGCCAAGGUAAUCCAGUUGAAAAGGAGCAGGAAGAAGAAAUUAGAUGCUUGUAAGAUGGAAUAGAUUUUGAUGAAUUGGAUGGGGAUGAGAGUGAGAGUGAGGGUGAUGGGAGAAAGGACUGUGAGGGGCAGGGGGUGGGAGGGAAUGAGUGUGAGGGUGAUGGGAGGAAGGACUGUGAGGGGCAGGGUAUAGAGGGUCAGGGAUUGGAUGGGGUUGAGAUUGAGAGUGUUGACUGUGAGGGGCAAGGGGGUAUGGCAUUGGGGGAUGAUGUUCCAAUAACUGAAAAUGAACCAAAUCUCAUUGAUGUUCCAAUAACUAAAAAUGUUGAAAUUCCAGUUCAAAACAAUUCUAAAAAAAUGACUGAAAAGGGAAAAAGAAAAAUGUAUGAAAGAUUUUUGAAUGAGUCCUCAUCGGAAUUUGACGAUUCAUCUGAUGAGGAUUAUGUGCAAGGUAGUGAGGGGAGUGAUAGUGAGGCCCCUAGUGUGGUUUUAGAAGAUAUUGAAUGUGAAUCUGAUGAUGAUAUUUUUCUGUCAAAAAAUCCAACAAAAAAAGACUUGAUGAAAAAAUUGAAAAGAGUGAUGCAUGACAAAAAUAGAAAAAAAUUGCCUGAAAGAGUUGAAACUGAAGUUAGAGAAAAUGAAUGGGCUAGUGAUGAUGGAAAUGAGGAUGAUUUGGUUAGCUUAGAAGGUAGUGAUGAUAAUGAAAAUGAAAAGCACCCUAUUUUUAAAGAAUCUGAUUCAAUGAAAAAUGUAAAUCUGGUAGUCGGGAUGAAAUUCCAAAAUGCUGCACAGUUUAGGGUGGCUCUGAGGGAUUGGUGCAUACAGAAUGGGGUAGAUAUUGAAUUUUUAAGAAAUGAAGCUGCAAGAGUGACUGCAAAAUGUAAAGUGGAGGGUUGUGAAUGGAGGAUCCAUGCCUCACCAAUACAAGGUGGACCUACAUUUCAAAUUAAAUCAAUGAAGGACAAGCAUACAUGUGCAAGAACAUAUGAAAAUAGGCUUGCCAAUGCAUCUUAUCUUGCAAAAAGAAUUGAAAAUGCAAUAAGAGAUAAUCCAACAAUUCCUAUUCAACAAUUGAAAAAUAGAAUUCGAUCAAAAUGCAAUGUGGAUGUGAGUAGAUUUAAGGUGAUGAGAGCCAAAAAAGAAGCUUUACAGAGAAUCAAGGGGGAUGAUGCAAUACGAAUUGUUGUGGGAUUACUGUGAAACUGUCAGAAAUUGUAAUCCAGGGUCUAAGCUCAUACUUAAAAAACUGAAAAAUUCUGAUCCCCUAGUUUUUGAAACACAUGUAUGAAAAUUUCAAAGUGAAAUUCAAAUCUGUUGAACUGAAAGAAUACUUUUGGAGGGCAGCCUCAACUGCAAACAGAAGGGAAUUUGAAGGUUUUAUGAAAAAAAUUGAAGAACUUGAUCCAAAGAUAAAAGUUGAUGUGGAAACAGCUUCUGAAUGGCUAAGAAAGAUAAAUCCACAACAUUGGGCAAGAUCACAUUUUCCAGUUCAUAGCAAAUGUGAUAUUUUGGUGAAUAACUUGUGCGAAAGCUUUAAUAAUUACAUAC